CUUCUGCCCCUUAAUUUUUUGCCCUAGACUCUCUCUCCUCAGCCGCAACCACCUGAAUUCCCUGAUUUACCCCUCGAAUCCUCUUCAACCUCCUCCAUACCCGUGGUUAUUCCGUCAUUUCAGUGCCGACCAAGCUCGAUAAUUUCGACCCAGCAGAAUUUUGAUAUGAAUUGUUGAAAAUUUGGGUUUCUUUUUUGUGUAUUGUGGAGUUGAGAUGAGAUUAGUAAAAAUUGUUUGGUUGAAUUUGUGCGCGUUUGCGCGGUGGUGCUAUCUGCGGUGAAUGGAAGCGGCAGUGGAGGUGGUUCAGCGGGCGGCGGUGGCAAAGCUGAUGGGAUCGGUUGAGGGUUUUGGUGGUGCUAGGGGUGUUGUGGUGGACAAAGCCGAGGGUCCGCAUAAGGAGAUUGCUAGCAGUUUUGGGGUCCAAAAAGUUAAUGCAUCUACACCAGUUCUUUGGACCAAGGUGCCUGAUUCUGAACUUCAUAGGCAGGCCAGUCCAGUUUCAGGCUUUCCCAGUGAUGACACCCCAAAAGACUCUGGGUUUAGGAGCAUAACUUCUCUUUCUUUGAAGUCAGAGCCAGAGGAUAAACUUUUGUCACGGAAAUCAGGGAAAAUAUCAAGAAAUAACAGUGGGUGCACUAAGAGAUCCCGGAUGGCACGGAUAGAAGAAAUCAUUCAUGUGGUGAUGUGCAAAGGUGGGAAUUCUAAGUUUGUUGGUUUGAGCUUUCAGUUAGUGUCUAUACUAAAUAUAAAUGCUGAGAGGAAAAUGUUAAUGCUCUUUCUAAGUAUCAGCGGAGUUCCUGGAAAACUUGAGAGCUCAAACAAUUUGUUGUUGUCAGUAACAAUGAUGUAUCCCGUCCAUAAGUUGGUGAGUACAGCUAGAAACUCUCUCGGCUCAUGCACUUAUAGUAUUUUUAUUCCCAUUCCUGUCAUAGAGAAAACUCAAGUGGCCAAGCAAAAGAACGGUUCAAAUGGCAAACGUGGGAACAAAAGAAAUAGGAUGGUUCCCAAGAGUAGAUGUGAUCCAUUGUCUCUGAAGAAUGGCUUUAUUAACUUCAAUUAUGCUGCUGGAGGCAACAACUUUUUUGGUCUAUAUGGUUUAAAACCUGAUGCUUUUGAUAUCACAAAACAUGUCAAUGAGCUGUCUUUGAAUGAGCUCCUUGAUGGCAGUUAUAACUGCCCUAGUAUUACCAAAGACAAGGGAAAGAAAGCUGCGAAUUUGAAUAAUAAUCUUUUGGAUUCGGUGAGAAAUGCCUGUUCUGUCCUUCGGCUCCAAAAGGCGGUUCUUGCCCAGAAAUGUGUUGAAAGUGACAACAGUAACAGUUCAACAGGAUUGCCGAUUGCUGGCUCUACAGCUAGCCAGUCUGAUGGUGAUAAAGAAGAUUCUUGUACUGCAGAUUUGACAUCCUCUGACAAGGUUCAGGAAUCUUGUGAAGAGAAGAUCAAAACAUCCACUUUAACUGUCGAAUCACCACUAUAUAAUCCAAAAGAAGUCUUGGAGCGCCUUGCACUUCCUCCACCAAAGGAUUUACAUUCUUUACUUCUUGAUGCUGCCAAGCCUUCUUCAAGAAACAAUACUGAUCCCCGUUUAGGCAAGUCAGUUUGUCACAGGACUGGCUUACCACCUUUUCCAUGGUCACAUACUUUCUCAGGGCACAAUAAAUCAGUUACUGAUGCAGCUAAAGUGUCCUCCAGUCGGACCAUAUGCCAAGGUAGAUGGGUAAUAGUAAAACAUAUUUCCUCUCUUCAAGAAGAUUCCACUGGCUUCCUCAAGGGCUUGGAAUCACUCACAUACAAUCACAGUUUAGUUCCUACAGUAAAUCUCAAGUCAGGACUUCCAGAAAAUGAAGUUGCUCAAAUUACGUCCUCUGAACGAGUUUCAUCCAUGUCUGAAGCAUGCUCAAGUUCCAAUGUUUUUCCAGCAGUUACAGAUGAGCACCCUCCAUCACACCUAGCUGCUGCUCAGAUGCUGUGUGAGAUGGCAACUCAUUCCUUUAAGCAAAAUACAUGUGGAGUGACAAAAUCACUGAAAAAGCCUUCUCAAAUGUCCAAGAAAACUUGCAAGUUGAAAUCUGUCAAAUCUGAAAUAUUAUUUGCAGCACCAAAACCAAAGACGGGACUCGACAAUUUGGUCAAGGUCAAAGGCACUGAUUAUGGGUUUCCCUCGAAGAAGCUUAGGCUCUCAGCAGAUGUAAAGAAUGAGUAUAUUGGUCGUACAAUGUCAGGAAGCAAAGAACCGUUAAACUGGUCUGCUCUACGGUCUAUCAAAUCCUCACCUAGCAAGCUAUGUAGGAAGUAAGCUGCAGAAACAAAAAAUUACAAUCCCAACUUUGUAAAGAAAUCAUGUGGGAUUUCACCACUCUUGGGUCGUGGACAAACCUCGUAGUAGUAGAGGAAGGUGGACCAGCGGAGUGGAAUUGGGCAGAUGGCAAGAUGGAAUACUCAAAUAGUGUUAAUUCGUAAAGUUGUUGCUGUUACAGUUAAUAUUAAACUGUUAGGUUUGUAUAUAUUGUCACAUGUAGGGUAUGAUUUGAUGUCACUUGAUGGGAUUUAGGUUUUAAUGUUGUAACAUUACUUGCCUUUGUGUAGAUCAUUUGAUGAGGCAAAUGGAAGAAUAUAUAUGUUCGCAAUUGUCUUCUCUUGUAUAAACUUCCCCGUUUUGAUUCUCUUUA